AUGAUCUUAGUGCCAAAGAAAGAUGGCUCCCUACGUCCCGUAGUAGACUAUCAUAAACUAAAUGCUCUCACUAUUCCCGAUCGUUUCUCCAUCCCCUCGCUACGAUCGCUUCUGCAGGAUGUGGGAAAAGGACAUUCCGUGUUCUCCACCAUAGACUUGCAGGCAGAUUUCUUUCAAAGACUGUCUGAGGCAGGUUUAACUAUAAUUCCUAAGAAAUGUUCAUUUUUCCGAAAGCAGAUUGAAAACUUGGGGCACACUAUCAACUCCGAUGGUAUAUCACCUAACUCCAGUAAAGUCAAAGAUAUUUUGGAUUUUCCCGCCCCGAACAAUGUCAAGCAAGUUAAGUCUUUCCUUGGUUUGCUCCUGAAGGAGUCCCCUGUCCUCAGUUUCCCCGAUUUUAACAAGCCUUUCGUGCUCGCAACUGACGCCUCGUGCACGGCUUUGGGUGCCGCCCUCAUGCAGAGGUCUGCCGGGCGCCUCCAACCCAUAGCUUAUGUUAGCAGAAAGCUGAACGCGGCAGAGCCUCAUUACAGCGUCACUGACCUAGAGGCAUUGGCUGUUGUUUGGUCCCUGAAACAUUUCAGGGUUCUGACGGACCAUCGGCCAUUAUGUUACCUCCUCACUAACUCCAAGUCGCCUACUGAUCUAGCUGACGACGUACGCAAGCAACAGAGGGAGGAUCCACUUUAUUCUGAUUUGAUUACACUAUUAGAAGCAAAUCCAUCAUUACCCUUGCCCAGACGAUCCCACAUUCCCAAUAGGAACCUUUUUCUCGAGGAUGGACUCCUGUUCCGCUGUUCCGCCCUGGGGAAAGGGCGUGGAUCCCGCCAAAGACACACAUACAAUCAGCUGGUUAUCCCUGAGACUCUUGUACCCACGGGCUCCGUGUCGGUGCCAUCCCCUGCGCUUACCUAUGACAUCCCUGAUAGACCGUUUCAGCGCAUCAGUGUUGACGUCCUCUCAGGUUUCUCUGUCUCUGCUACAGGCAAUAGGUAUCUCUUAGUCUUCAUAGACAAUUUUUCCAGAUUCUGUGAGCUUGUCCCUAUUCCCGACAAGUCUGCUACUACGGUCGCCCGCGCGUUCUUGGAAAAUGUAAUUUGUAGGCAUAACACCCCGGAUGAGAUUGUUUCAGAUAAUGGGUCUGAGUUCAACAACUCUCUCCUACAUUCUCUCUGCAGUAUGCUCAGGAUCAAGAAAAUCAAUAUAUUACCCUAUAGGCCGCAGGCUAAUGGAAUUACGGAGAGACUUAAUAGGACGAUCCUAAGCAUGCUACAGACAUCACUGGCUUCUUCCACUUCCUGUUGGGAUGUAUGGGUACCUAUCAUUCAGAUGGCGAUCAAUAGUACUUACCACAGCUCCUUAGGUGAUACCCCUCAUUUUAUCAUUUAUGGCGAGGACAGACCGUAUGAUCUGCUGGAACAGCGACCAUUACCGGUAUAUGAUGACAACUAA